AACACUGGUCUGUACUAUCUCAAUAACUACUGUGCAAAAUGUAAUAACUUUACAGGUGGCAACCUUCAAAUGCCUACAAAGGUUACAUGUAAAUCCUUCAUAAGGGACGAUUUAGACAAUAUAGCCGAACUACAGCAAGCUAUAUAUACUGGAAGAUGUACAUUAAAAUUUGAUCAAAUCGGACAUCGGUGCUGGGAAUACACAACAACUUGUCAUCAAGAUUGUUAUAACAGAACUGUACAAACUCUUUGUAAAAGCAAGCCUAUACAAAUGUAUUCCACAGGAUAUACUGUUUAUAAAAAUGAAUAUUGUGCUAUAUGUGCGAAUGAUUGGCCUGGGUCCAACUUGGGUAUUUCAAAGCACUGCAGCCCAUAUUCAUACUCAAGAGACUUCAUAUCUAAGGGGUUUUCUUUUUCUCUGUUGAUGAAUAUUAACCCAGACAAAGGACUUACUGUUGGGUAUACUAUAGGCGGCAAAAAGAAUUAUUUUCACUGCAAUAACCUUACCAACUGUCACAAUGCAUGUGUUGUAGGAUAUGAAUUACGAAAUGAAACAUGUGUUUUAACCUAUCGCCUAAAAUCUGUCAAGGUAUCAUUUGAAUACAUCAUUCCAGGUGAGAUGUUUUCAGUUCUAGAUAUCAGCAGUGAACUCAUCUCAUA